GCUGGGCCGGGGGCGGGGAGCGGGCGGUAGUUCCGGCGCUCGGGUCCGGCGGCAACCAGGCCGGGCUCGGCACCGUAGGCUACUGUACGACGGGCAGCAUGGCUGCAACCUCGGCGCCGGGCAGCCGGAGACGGAGCGGGGCCCCGCCGCCCAGCGCCGGGCGCCCUCCCAGCAAGCGGGCCCGGGGCUUUCCCGCGGCCGCCGCCCCGGACCCCGAGGACCCGUUCGGCGCUCACGGGGACUUCACCGCCGACGACCUGGAGGAGCUCGACACCCUCGCGUCACAGGCCCUGAGCCAGUGCCCGGCCGCGGCUCGGGACGCGUUCAAUAUUCAUAAGGUCCCCAGAUUAGAUGGGAUGUCAAAAACUCCUGCAGGGGGAAACAGAGAAAAUGUUCCAGUUAAAGAUAAUUUUGAACUAGAGGUACUUCGGGCACAAUACAAAGAACUUAAAGAAAAGAUUAAGACAAUGGAAGAAGACAUCCUCAUUAAAAAUGGAGAGAUUAAAAUUUUGCGAGACUCACUGCAUCAAACAGAAUCCAUUCUGGAGGAGCAGAGAAGGUCACAUUUCCUUCUUGAGCAGGAGAAAACUGAAGCACUCAGUGAUAAAGAAAAGGAAUUCUCCAAAAAGCUCCAGUCACUGCAGUCUGAACUUCACUUUAAAGAUGCAGAAAUGAAUGAGUUGAGGACAAAGCUUCAAAGCAGUGAGCGAGCAAAUAAGCUGGCUGCCCCCUCCAUUUCCCAUGCCAGUCCUAGGAAAAGCCCUUCUGUGAUUAUGAAGCCAGAAGCAUGUUCUCCACAAUUUGAAAAGCCAUCUUUUCCUACAAAGGAGUCCUUCAGUGCUAACAUGCCCCUAGCCCGCCCCUGCCAGACAGAGCCGGGAUACAAGGCCCUGGUGGGCAGAGAGGAGACUAAGAUUCCCAGUCUGGGAGGUGACCCCAUAAAGCAAGAAGAGCCCCAGAAAAGUCUUGUGGACACAUGGACGCAGAGCUCAGACGCUGCAGGUUCCACUCUGAUAAGCCUUCUCCUGAAGCAGCCUCUGACCCCAGGGUCACCCCUUGGGCUGUGCCACCUUCUGAGCAGUUGUCCUGAGGCGCCAACUGGCACUCUGUUACAGCCCCUAGGGUUUGGCAGUUCCUUGACUGGAAUUUCAAGCCUGAGGGCCACGGGUUCCCACGAUGUGCUGUUUCCCCCCUUGGCCCUGAAGGAAGCACGGAGCCUGGCACUUACUGGACUCAAUCUGGUUGCCAGGGAUGAAGGCUCAUGUGACAGGGAUGCAGGCGAGGAAGGCAGAAGGCCCUUCCCACUUUUCCAGCUUCCUGGCGCCGUGCAUCUCCUUCCCCUGCUGCAGCUCUUCAUCGGCUCACUCUGCCAGGCUCUGCAGGACUGGGCGGCAGCCAAGAGAAACGGGGCUCCUGGGGACCCCCCGGAAAACUCCCCCUGCAUGAGCACCAGGGCAGAGGCCAGCCCCGAGGACUCCCUCCGCACCCUGGAGGGCUUCUCUGUGGCUUCACUCGGCGUGCUCCAGCACCUGGUGUGCCACAGUGGGGCAGUCGUCCAACUGCUGCUGUCAGGAGCGGGGCCUGAGUCCGCGGCCAGGGAAGGAAGCCAGAGCCUGGGUCGCAGCCGGGAUCGUGGGCAGGAGUCCUCAGCCCCAUGGGCACUUGGUGACCAAGGCCAGCAUCCACUACUGAAGAUGCUGCUUCACCUGGUGGCUUUUUCUUCUACAGCAACAGGUCACCUUCAAGCCAGUGUCCUCAGCCAGUGCCUUGAGGUUUUGGUGAAAUUAGCUGAAAAUGCUCCCUUUGAUUUCUUGCCCAGAGGGCGCGCCAAAGCCACACCUGCUGAAAGGCGGUCAGCACCACAGAAGAGCUCCCUGCCCCUCGUCAGACAAAGGCUGGACCCAGAGGCCUUUGGACCUGGGACGUGCAUCAGGUUGCAGGGCUUGUUCCACAUACUGCCACAGUGCCUCCGCCCAGAGACAGCCCUGCCCAGCGUGCUGGGUGCCGUCCAGCUCCUCUCCCUCCUGGGGGACCACCAGGGGCUCGCACCGCAGCUCUGCUCCCACUCAGGGGGCUGCCCUCUCCUGCUGCUUUACAUGUACAUCACCUCAAGGCCCAGCAGAGCAGCCUCAGAGACACAGUGGCUCCAACUGGAACAAGAGGUUGUGUGGCUAUUGGCCAAGCUGGGCGUGCAGAGCCCCUCCUUUGUCACUGGCUCCAGCUGCCAGUGCAACGUGGAGGUGGUCAGAGCGCUCACGGUGAUGCUGCACAGACAGUGGCUGAUGGUGCGGAGGGCAGGCAGGCCGAGGAUGGGCCUGCAGAGGCGGACGGUGCGGUGUCUGCGGGACACAGCCCUGCUUCUGCACAGCCUGUCUCGGGACAAGCUCUUCACCGUGCACGGCGUGGAGGUCCUGCACCAGUAUGACCAGGUGAUGCCAGGGGUCAGCAUGCUGAUUCGAGGGCUCCCUGACGUGACGGACUGUGAAGAGGCAGCCCUGGAUGACCUCUGUGCUGCUGAGGCCGACGUGGACGACCCCGAGGUGGACUGUGGCUGAGGACAGGACUGGCCCGCGCGGCACCAGCUCCAGGACUCUCCUCACCCCAUCAGCUGAUUAAAAGCAGCCAGCAGUG